AUGUCUACGCCCGAUAUCUUAUCUAUUCCUUCUGCGGAGAUCAUUAGCAGCAAAUCUCAUAUCCUGCCAGGGCAAUUGCACGUUACGGAGUUCUUCUUCAAAGUCCCGCUCGACUAUACGGAUGCUGACAGCGGUAUAUGCACCAAGCUGUUUGCUCGCCGAGUCAGAAAGCAUGAUGUUCCCAUCUUCCCACCCGAUGACGAUGAUAACGAAAAAAAGCCCAAGUACGAAAAUGGGGAGGCUCCCAAACCAUAUAUGGUCUAUCUCGAGGGCGGCCCCGGCUUUGGCAACCGUGAACCACAGGACCAUCCCCUUACCAGUCACGCUUUGGCAAGGGGAUACCAACUUCUUCUGCUCGAUCAUCGUGGUGUUGGGCUGAGCUCGCCAGUCUCUGCUGAGGUACUCAAACAGUUUUCCCCAGAUGUCCAAACACGUGCCAACUUUCUCGGCCUCAUGCGUCAAGACAACACGGUUCGUGACUGUGAAGCUGUCCGCAAAUGCCUUACCGCCUCCUGGCCUGCUUCCAAGCAGGCAUGGUCCAUUUUUGGACAAUCUUAUGGAGGAUUUGUUUCCUUAUCCUACCUUUCGAUGCACCCAGAGGGCCUGCGCGAAGUCUUUCUCACUGGCGGACUGGCCCCGGUGGGUAAGAAGCCUGAUACAGUGUAUGAGGCUACUUUUCGCAGGGUUAUGGAACGCAAUGAGCAAUACUAUGAGAAAUUCCCAGAAGAUGUAGAAAACGUCCGUCAAAUUGCUGGUUUUAUCGAAAGCCAAGGAGGGAAAGUCCCGUUACCUUCAGGAGGCGUCCUUACAGUCCCCCGACUCUUGACAAUGGGCAUCUCCUUUGGGGGACACGGAGGCUUCGAUUCAGUCCACUCGACAAUUUUGACACUGAAAACCUCUUUGGAUUUCUUUGGAUUCUUUAAUAGAGCAUCUCUGGUACCACUAGAAGGCGGGAUCCCCUUUGAUACUAACAUCAUUUAUGCCAUUCUCCACGAGGCCAUCUAUUGUGAUGGUCCUGGCGUAGCAUCGCGCUGGUCAGCAAAUGGUGUUGGUAAAUCUCUCGAAGCCUUUAGCUGGCUUAACAGCGACUUCUCUACUGCUUCAACCAGUGGACCUCUUUACUUUUCUGGUGAAAUGGUCUUUCCUUUUCACUUUGAGACGUAUCCAGAGCUCCAAAUGCUUCGCGAGGAGGCUGAACUGAUAGCCAACCGCGAGGACUGGCCUGCACUAUACGACCAGGGGAAGCUCCGCAAGAACAAGGUUCCUGUAUAUGCUGCAUCGUACGUCGAGGACAUGUAUGUCGACUACGACUUUGCCAGAGACACAGCCAAGCUGGUCAAGGGUACAAAGACCUUUGAGACGAACGUCAUGUACCACUCAGCUUUGAGGGCAAAAGCAGAUGAGGUUUUGCAUCAGCUUUUUAGCCUGAGAGAUGAUGUUAUUGAUUAG